UCGGCGGUUUGGAGGCUCCCGCGGGUGGGGGGGGAGUGGGGGGCGGCCUCCCCGUGUGUGACUGGUCCUGGGCCCCGACUUAGCCUCUGUGACUGAUUGGGGGAAUCUUUUACCCGAGUCAAGUGAUCCCGGGAAACGAAACUGAACUGUGGGCCACGUAACCGUGUGCGGUGCGGGUGACCGACCGUAGGCCCUCAGCCCUCAGCCCUCGUUACAGCCACAGCCACAGCCCCAACACCUCGAAUUGGGGAGAAGAGAUUGUAAAACACUUGUAAAAGUUGAUAUUAUUGUGGCAAAAAUCAAAGAAACAUACUGCACAAAUAUGGACUAUGAGGAUAAUGGAAAGCCAGAUUGGUUGGCGAUCGCAAUGAAUGAAUAUGUUGAAAAGUGUAAGAAUCUUCCAGAUCCUAUAGGAAUCUGCCAAUAUUCUAACUGCAAGAAAGAAAUAUAUACUUCUGACCCUGAUUACAAGGGAUAUGUUGAGCUUUUGUGUGAUAGAGGGUGUGUGGUAAAAUAUCAUACAAGCUGCUGGAAAAAAAUGAAGGAUUCUCAAUAUCCAGGGCAAACCAACCGGAUAUUCUGUGUAAUGAAAUGUUUGAAAAUUCACUGUAAAGGUUUUAUCAUAAAACUUGUGAUACACGAUGCUGCAGGAAACACACAGACUGAGUUUGAAGUGAAAUUGGGAGAUCUUCUAGCUCAGUCUCCACUUGUUUACAGAGAAAAUGAAGUAAAGGUAAUGCAUGUCGCAGAGGAAUCCAGUAAGGAAAACAUUGAUAAAGGAAUGGAAGAGAAAGCUGUACCUUCAUCUUCACUGACAUAUAAAUGUCGCCUAUUCCGUGAGGUAGCUGUGAAACGAAAGCUAAUUGAAAACGGAAUCGCUGAAAUCCAAAAAACGUCUGAACAACUGGUGCACUAUAUAAUAACGGAAGGAGGAAUGGAGAAAGGCAGUGAAUGUACUGCAGAAAUAAUUCUGGAUUAUGUAUUGUCAUUGAACUGCAAUUUUAAGAUACGUCGAUUCAUAGUCCUCCUUAAAAAUGAGGAUCUUGGUUAUCGCCCAGAAUUAACCCAGUGGAUCAAUUUCAUUUUACAGCUAGGUAACGAAUGCAGUUUAAGCUUUGUAAACAACUUUAAGACAAUUAUCAUUGAAAUUCUUCAGAAAAUGGAAACCUACCUAAUGAUCAUUGCUAAAAAACUACUCUCACAACGACUCAUAAGUACAGAAGACAUGAAAAUACUAAUUGCAACCCCAUUAAAACGGAGACCUGGAGUCUUGAUGGGACUAAUGGACGACCAAACGGAGCAUUCACAUUUAGGCGAUCUACUAUUUGUCAUGGGUGAAGAACAAGAUAAAAUUCCUGCAUAUAAGCACGUAUUUCAAAUGUUUAACACCGGGUUUGAUAUAUUCUCACCGGAUAUUCUUCUAUUUGCUGCACAGAAUUUGAAAAACAAACCAAUAGAUUUGGUGGAAUCUGUAGUUGAAGAUCCGCAUGGUAUUUCUGUGGCUAAAACAAAAACAAAAUCUAAGAAGAAGAGGAAAAAGUCUAAAAGCAAAAAGGCCCAAGCGAAUAAAGACAGUGAAAAUACAGCUGAAGAACACAUCACCGAGAAACAUGAGGCCUUAUCAAUUCCUGUGCAAGAAAACCAAUUGAACAAGAACAAAGACAACCAGCAAGAAGAAAGCUCCACUGUGGAUGCUUUGGUAUCCAGUGUCACUGCACCAGAAUCUUCAUCUCUGCCACUGGCUACUGUGAUUCGCAAUAGUAAUGCUGGUUCCUCUUUAAGACACCUUGAAGUCAGCAAACUUGACAGCUGCUCAGACCAUACUUACCAAAGUGAUGGAGAGCUGGAUGAUAUUGAUACUACUCUCACUGUCAAUGAGCCAUCUGAUUCUAGCGCAUAUGCCCAUUCACGACUCUAUUCCUCUUCAGAAGUUGAAAGUGGGGCUAUUAAAAUACAAGAGCUUAUUGGGCAAAACGUUAAAGAAGAAUCUGAAAUGAAGCCAACAUUAAUUUCUCUGAAAAAUGAAUAUGAGGUUCUUCAGAAGUGUGAAGAGGUAGUGUAUAAUCCACAGAAAGAGCAACAAAAAGGGGAUGCUACCGAAAAGCAGUACAGGCAACUGAAAGAACAAUAUCAGCUGGAAACUAUGAAAAUUAAGCAGCAACUUCAGAGUAAAGAAGAAGAAAUAAAGAUGAUUAAAGCACAAUUUACUAAUGAAAGGGUUCUGUGGAUGAAAGAUAAAGCUAAAAUGGAAGACGUGACUGCCAAAAAUAUUGCAAAAUUAGUGGAAACUACAAAACGAGCAAUAACUGCUGAGGUUUUGAUUUUAGAAUGUCACAGAGAUUAUGGCCUUUUUCAGUUGCAACAAACCGAGCAAGACUGUUCAGUCCAGCACAGAACAGCAGAAGAGAAUGUGGCAAGGAAUCCCGAGUCUGCUCAAAUUUGUGCAAAGGUUGAUGCUUGGCAGGCAAUUUUAGCUGAUAUAAGAAAUAAGAUCGAUUUCACAAAGAACCAGUUUGAUGAUCAGAUAAAUCUAGUGAAGAACGGAGCCAAACUGAAGAAUCUACCGCAAAUAAAGAUCCCUCCACCUCCCCCACCUCCUGACGUAGUGAUGAAGCAUUUUCUUGAACAGCAUUUACAAGCAAAGACUAGUAAUGUGCAGAACCAUGGGGUCAGGCAGGCCAAGCCUGUCAACACACCCUUUUCUGUUGCUGCAAGAACACCAGAGGUUUCUGCUGCUAUACAAGAACAGAGCCAAGCAAUAGCACCAGUAUCUGAACAGGCACCAUCCCAACAACUCGUGCAGACGGGCGGAGGAGCAUCAUUGGCAACAAUGGGAGCCCGUGGAAAGAACAGCUUAGAAAGAAUUAUGGAGAAACUAUUGAGAUCCUACCCACAGUUCACCAGGGUUUCAUUAACUGAAUUUCUGAAAGAAGUAAAGCAUUCAAAUGGUGGAUCUCUCUCAGGAUUGUCCUUUGAUGACAUGAUUAAUAAAGUAGCACGAUUAGUGGAAGCAAAACUCUCUGAGAGUAGCAACAAUCGUCAAAAUAAUCCUCCACAGUCUGUCUGGCGUUCACUCAGGCAGCAGGGACCUGUAUCAUGGGAGGGAGCAAGGACAAUGACUGAAGAGCAAGAACCUUGUGUGAUCUGUCAUGAAGAAUUCUCUUCUGAAUCGAUCCUAGCAUUGCCAUGUGCUCACAAAUUCCACUCACAGUGUAUUGGGCCAUGGCUGAAAGAGCAGAGGACUUGCCCAACUUGCAGACUUCAUGUUGUGCUGCCACAAGAAUUCCCGGGACUCCCGCAUAGAAACAUUCCUCUGCCAUGAAAUGUUCUGUAAGAAAAGCAUAUUGAAGAAUGUUCAUUGUGACUCAUUUGUUACAGGUUAAUGCUAUUUACAGCUAAUAUGUAAAGCUAUUUUUCCAUUACAUAAGUACAUUUUAUAAUGUGCCUUAUUGUUGAAACCUCAACGUACUGGUGGCUGUAUAUUUUGUAGGUGAAUGUACUAUGUAUGCGUGUGUGUUAUUAUAAUAUACAAAAUAAUCUGAGGCAAUGCUGCAACCUUUUGUGGGAUCACUUGCUUGUUUCAUGCGUGUUUAUGGGUUGAAGAACAUGCUGCACAUAAAGUAAGACCAUAAGACGUAGAAGCAGGAAUAAGCCAUUCGGUCCCCCGAGCCUGCUCCAGCAUUUAAUAAGAUCAUAACUGAUCUUCUAACCCAAUUCCAUUUACCUGGCCUAUCCCUGUAUCCCUUAAUCCUUUAGAAAUCUAUCAACCUCAGUCUUGAAUAUGUAAUAAGUAAUUUGUGAAAUCCUAUUGAAAAUGUUCUGUUUUAAAAAUUAACUCUUUUAAACACUAAGUGUAGAAAAGUAAUGGUGUCUAAUUUCCUUGCUGUGGGUAUAGCAUCUUUCAUUAUCAUGAGUACAUCUCAAAGUGCCUCACAGGAUUCAACUAUGUAUUAUUCUUUCGAUGCACCAGUGUGGAGUGUUCAGAGUACUGUAUGGCAUGAGUAAAUUCAUUGGAAUCCUUCAGAUAAACUGAGACUGUUCAGGUGGAUGUUAAAAAUCCCUUGGCACUAUUCAAAAAGAGAAUAGUUUUCCUUGCAGUCCUGGCCAACAAUCCCCCAAAUAAAAUUGCUCAUUCACUUCAUGGCUGUUUGUGGGACAUUGAUGUGCACAAACUGGCUGUGACAUUUGUCAACAAAAUAUAAAUUACACAAUGUUACAGUAUAUCCUGUGAAGCACUGAUACACUCAUCAAUAUAAGGUCCUAUAUCAAGUGCAAGGAUUAUAGUAUACUAGUGUCUGUGCAUAUGGAAACUUUAGUAUGGAACGCUGCAUGCAUUGUAGUGAUUUUAGUGAAAUUAAAGAUGAUUAUGGUAUAAAACA